AACCGGUUCCUAGAGAGAAGCAUCUCAGCAGUGAUCGUGAAUUUUAGGGCAAGGCAGGGCAGUCAAAGGGCCUGUUCACCUAUCCACCAGGAACCUACAGACACACAGAGAUAUAAAAUAAUUACCCGGAGGGUAAUACCGGCCAGCUCAGCAUCUACUGACGUCACACGAUCAUCCAUCCUCCAGUAUCUUUCAAGCCUUAUCACAACUGAAACCACAGAAACUCUAACAUCACCAUGGAGGACAUUGUAAUAGCAGGAAUUUCAGGUCGUCUUCCAGAGUCUGAAAAUUUGGAAGAAUUUUGGCAGAACCUUUUCAAUGGAGUCGACAUGGUCACAGAGGACGACAGGCGGUGGAAGCCAGGUCUCUACGGUCUCCCUCACAGAAAUGGAAAACUAAAAUCCAUAGACAAAUUUGAUGCAUCCUUCUUCGGUGUCCAUCCCAAGCAGGCCCACACCAUGGACCCACAACUGAGGCUGAUGAUGGAGGUGUCAUACGAAGCAAUCGUUGAUGGAGGCAUAAACCCAGUCUCGAUGCGUGGCUCUAAGACUGGUGUGUACAUUGGUGUGAGCGGCUCUGAGGCAGGAGAAGCCUUCAGUAAAGAUCCAGAGGAACUGCUGGGGUACAGCAUGACUGGCUGCCAGCGUGCAAUGUUUGCUAAUCGCCUCUCGUACUUCUUUGACUUCAAUGGGCCCAGCACAGCCAUUGAUACAGCAUGCUCUUCCAGUCUCCUGGCUCUGGAGAAUGCCUUUAGUGCUAUUUGGCAUGGCCAGUGCGAUGCAGCUCUUGUGGGUGGAGUCAACCUGCUACUCAAACCCAACACCUCAGUCCAGUUCAUGAAACUGGGCAUGCUCAGUCCAGAUGGGGCCUGCAAGUCUUUUGAUGUAUCAGGAAAUGGUUACUGUCGUUCAGAAGCUGCAGUUGUGGUGCUCCUUACUAGGAAAUCCAUGGCCAAAAGAGUCUAUGCUACCAUUCUUAAUGCUGGCAACAAUACAGAUGGCUACAAAGAGCAAGGUGUUACGUUUCCAUCCGGGGAAAUGCAACAACGCCUGGUCCGCUCCCUCUACCAAGAAGUUAGCAUUUCCCCUGAGCAGGUUGAGUACAUUGAAGCCCACGGCACUGGCACCAAGGUUGGAGAUCCACAGGAAGUAAACGGCAUUGUCAGUGUGUUCUGCCAAUCAAAACGUGAGCCUUUGUUAAUAGGGUCCACCAAAUCCAACAUGGGCCAUCCUGAACCUGCCUCUGGCCUGGCUGCCCUUGCUAAAGUCAUCUUGUCCUUGGAACAUGGGGUUUGGGCCCCCAACAUCCACUUUCAAAACCCCAACCCAGACAUCCCAGCACUGUCGGACGGACGUGUUCGAGUGGUUGCCGAGCCCAUUCCUGUGCGCGGUGGCAUUGUGGGCAUCAACUCAUUCGGUUUUGGAGGCUCAAACGUCCACGUGAUCCUGCGUCCCCCUGGCCCCAAACCAGCUGCUCCCGCCUCACCCUUAUCUGUACCCAGGCUUGUACAGGCCUGUGGGCGCACUGAAGAUGCCACCAACUCUCUUCUGCAGAAAAUUCAUGAACACAAGGAUGACUCAGCUUUCCUGUCCCUGCUCAAUGAUGUCUCUGCUGUCCCCACCUCAGGCAUGCCCUUCAGGGGUUACACCCUGCUGGGAGCCCAAGGGGAAGUAAGUGAGGUGCAGCAGACCUCACCUACCUCCAGGCCCCUCUGGUACAUCUGCUCAGGUAUGGGCACACAGUGGGCUGGUAUGGGUCAGAGCCUGAUGCAGCUGCAGGAGUUCAGAGAGUCCAUCCAGCGUUCGGACCUUGCUCUGAAAGAAACAGGGCUGUGUGUGUCACGCCUGCUAAUGGCGGCUGAUGAGAACACCUUUGAGGACACAAUCCAUGCUUUUGUUGGCCUUGCAGCCAUCCAGAUUGCACAGAUAGACCUGCUGAGAAAGAUGGGUCUUGAGCCUGAUGGGAUCGUUGGUCAUUCUGUAGGAGAGUUGGCGUGUGGCUACGCUGAUGGCUCCCUCAGCCACACUGAGGCCAUUUUGGCAGCUUACUGGAGAGGAAAGUGCAUCAAAGAAGCCAACCUGCCCGCUGGAGGCAUGGCUGCAGUGGGUCUGACCUGGGAAGAGUGUAAGGUACAGUGCCCGCAGGGGGUGGUCCCAGCUUGCCACAAUGCAGAGGACACGGUCACUAUCUCAGGACCACAGGAGGCAGUAAGAAAAUUUGUGGCUGAGCUGAAGGAAAGCGGUGUGUUUGCCAAAGAGGUGCGCAGUGCCGGGGUUGCAUUUCAUUCCUACUACAUGGCCUCAAUAGCUCCCGUUCUGCUGAGUGCACUGAAGAAGGUGAUUAAAAGCCCACGUCCUCGUACAGCUCGCUGGAUCAGUACGUCUAUUCCCCAGUCAGAUUGGGAGAACUCUCUGGCCCUCUAUUCCUCCGCCGAAUACCAUGUGAACAACCUGGUGAGCCCUGUGCUCUUUCAAGAGGGUCUAAACCUCAUUCCUGACAAUGCUGUGGUGGUAGAGAUCGCACCACAUGCUCUACUGCAGGCAAUUCUGAAACGCAGCCUCAAGCCCACUUGUUCCAUCCUGCCUUUGAUGAAGAGGGGACAUGCCAACAACCUGGAGUUUUACCUUUCUCACAUAGGCAAAAUCUAUAUGAAUGGUGUGAAUGUGGACAGUAACAAGCUAUAUCCAGCUGUGCACUACCCUGUUCCAGUGGGCACCUCUCUCAUCUCCCCUCUUCUUCAGUGGGAUCACUCUCAGAGCUGGGAUGUGCCCAAGGUGGAGGAUUUCCCAGCAGGCUCUGGAGGAUCCACUUCAGCCACUGUGUACAAUAUUGAUAUAAAUCCAGAAUCUCCAGACUACUACAUGAUCGGUCACUGCAUUGAUGGAAGGGUCUUGUACCCAGCUACGGGUUACUUGGUGCUGGCAUGGAGGACACUAAUGAGAAGUCUUGGCAUUACUAUGGAACACACCCCUGUUACCUUUGAGGAUGUCACCAUACACAGAGCCACAAUUUUGCCCAAAACUGGGACUGUCCAGCUGGAGGUGCGUCUCAUGCCCGCCACAAACCGCUUUGAAGUUUCUGAGAACGGCAACCUUGCAGUCAGUGGUAAGGUGAGCGUGUUGGAGGAGGCAGCGCUGUCUUCCUUCCACUCUCAGAUUGCUGAGCCUGUGACUGUGCAGCCAGAAGAUCCAAAACUGGGCCUAAAAGCUGGAGACAUUUACAAAGAGCUGCGCCUGCGUGGCUAUGACUACGGCAAAACCUUCCAGGGCAUUCUAGAGUCCAACAAUGCCGGUGACCAUGGAAAGCUGCUGUGGACAGGAAACUGGGUGACAUUUUUAGACACCAUGCUGCAGAUGAUUGUGUUGGGUCUACCUGGGCGCAGCCUUCACCUCCCGACACGCAUUCGCUCCGUGUGUGUCGAUCCCACACUACAAGAGAAGAUGGUUCUGAACUAUUCGGAGGAUAGGAAAGCUGUUGAUGUGCACGUGAACCGCUGCCUGGACAGCAUUACAGCUGGUGCAGUUCAGAUAAGCGGCCUCCACGCCACAGUGGCACCCCGUCGCCAACAGCAGCAGAGCCCGCCCACUCUGGAGGAGUUUGUCUUUGUGCCUUGUGUGGAGAGUGAGUGCAUGGCAUCUAAUGAGAAACUGGAAGAAGAGCUGAGACAUUGCAAAGGUUUAAUAAACCAUCUCCAAAGAAAACUGGCCAGUCAUGGAGUGAAGCUCUCCAUUCCGGGGCUGGAAGGCGUGCGUGAAGAGCAGCUGAUUGUUGCAGAAGCUCAGAGUGGAUUGUUACGCCUACUUUCGGUGAUCUGUGGACUGGAGCUGAAUGGGAAUUUGCGUUCGGAGCUGGAGGAGACGGUGCAGAAGGAAAGGGAGUGUCUGCUGCAGGAUCCACUCCUCAAUGGUCUGCUGGACUGUCAUGCGCUGAGGCACUGCCUUGACACAGCGCUGGAGAACUCCACACCUGGCAAACUCAAAGUUUUGGAGGCUCUUUCCAGCGAUGGCCGUGUGUUUUCUCGUGCUGUCCGGACUCUAAACAUUCAGCCCAUGUUGCGUCUGGAUUACACGGCCUCUGACGUUAACGCAGAACUGCUGUCUAACCAGCAGAGCACUCUAGAGGACCUGGGUGUUUCAGCUGCACAGUGGGACCCACAUCAAGGUCCAGUCACAGGCAACCUGGGUGGUGUUGACCUUGUGGUGUGUAACUGUGUACCAGGGCCUGUUUUAAACCCAGAAGUGCUGCUGGAAAACCUAACAUCAGCUACCAGGGAGGGGGGCUUUGUUCUGUUGCACACCCUGUUGAAGGGAGACACGCUGGGUGAAACAGUGGCCUUUUUGACAUCUCAGGAGAAUAAGAACCGUCUGCUUACUCAGGCUGAAUGGGAGAAGCUGUUUAAUCAGGCCUCACUCAACAUAGUCAUGUUAAAAAAAUCAUUCUACGGCUCAGUUCUGUUCCUUGGCAAAAAGAAAACACCUGAAAAGCAGUCUGUUACUCUGUCUGUGGACUCCACCGAUUACAAAUGGGUUGAGACUCUGAAGACCUUGCUGGCUGAGACAUCUGAUCAACCAGUGUGGCUCACUUCCACUAAAGGCCAUAAUGGAGUGGUGGGAAUGGUCAACUGCCUCAGACAGGAACCUGGAGGAAAUCGCAUACGGUGUGCAUUUGUGUCUAAUCUGAAGAAGUCGUCUGCAACACCUUCCCUCCUGCUUACCCAUAAGGACAUGCAGACAGUGCUGCAGAAAGAUCUGUGUAUGAAUGUGUACCGUGACGGACAAUGGGGAUUGUUCAGACACCAGCUGCUUCAACAAGAUUUGAGUAAGGAGCUGAUAGAGCAGGCGUACGUGAACGUGCUGACUCGUGGUGAUCUGUCUUCACUGCGCUGGAUUGCUUCUCCACUUCGGCACUUUGUUUCAUCCAACCCGAACGUGCAGCUCUGCCAAGUCUACUAUGCCUCACUCAACUUUAGAGACAUCAUGCUGGCCACAGGCAAACUACCACCUGAUGCUAUUCCUGGUGACAUAGCCUUGCAGCAGUGCAUGCUGGGAAUGGAAUUCUCAGGACGGGACCCCAGCGGACGGCGUGUGAUGGGUCUCCUGCCAGCUAAAGGCCUGGCCACCUGUGUGGAUGCAGAUAAGCGUUUUCUUUGGGACGUCCCAUCCAGCUGGACUCUGGAGCAGGCUGCCUCGGUGCCUGUGGUCUACGCUACAGCAUAUUACUCUAUGGUGGUACGUGGGCGUCUGAGGCCCGGUGAGAGCGUGCUCAUUCACUCCGGCUCUGGAGGAGUGGGCCAGGCUGCCAUCGCAAUUGCCCUCAGCAUGAAAUGCAAGGUGUUUACUACAGUGGGUUCUGAAGAGAAGAGGGCCUACCUGCAGGAACGUUUUCCUCAGCUCACUGCAGAGUCAUUUGCUAACUCAAGAGACACCUCUUUUGAGCAACAUGUGCUAAAGCACUCGCAGGGCAAAGGAGUUGACAUGGUUCUAAACUCCCUGGCUGAGGAGAAGCUGCAGGCCAGUUUACGCUGUUUAGCCAGACAUGGACGCUUCCUGGAGAUUGGCAAAUAUGACCUGUCAAACAACACCCCACUGGGCAUGGCUUUGUUCCUUAAGAAUGUGGCCUUCCACGGUAUCCUGCUGGACGCUCUGUUUGAGGAGGGCAACCGUGAAUGGGAGGAAGUGUCAGAGCUAUUGAAGAAGGGCAUUGCAGCUGGAGUGGUGCAGCCGCUCCGCACCACCGUCUUUGAGAGGGACCAGGUGGAGGACGCUUUCCGCUACAUGGCUCAGGGCAAACACAUCGGCAAAGUACUGCUUCAGGUGCGUUUGGAGGAGAGCAGAGGUGCUAGUAAAGCUGCUUCUCUUGCAGUACCUGCUAUUUGCCGGACCUUCUGUCCUGCUUCUCACUCUUACAUCAUCACAGGAGGACUGGGAGGCUUUGGGCUGGAGCUGGCGCACUGGCUUAGUGAGAGAGGAGCUCGCAAACUGGUGCUCACAUCUCGCUCUGGCAUCCGCAAUGGUUAUCAAGCUAAACGUGUUCGAGAGUGGCAGGCUAUGGGCAUCCAGGUCAACGUGUCCACAAGCGAUGUGAGCACAAUGGAAGGUGCAGAGCGACUUAUCACUGAGGCCUGCCAGUUAGGACCUGUAGGAGGCAUCUUCCAUCUGGCUAUGGUUUUGCAGGAUGGCAUGCUUGAGAAUCUGACACCACAGCAGUUUAUUGAAGUCAAUAAGCCUAAAUAUGAUGGAACCCUCCACUUGGACAAAGUCACAAGACAGAAGUGUCCCCAGCUGCAGCACUUUGUGGUUUUCUCCUCGGUCAGUUGCGGCCGUGGUAACGCUGGUCAGAGCAACUACGGCUUUGCUAACUCCACCAUGGAACGAGUGUGUGAGCAGCGCCGUCAAGACAACCUGCCCGGUCUGGCCAUCCAGUGGGGUGCAAUCGGCGAUGUAGGUGUUGUCUUGGAGACCAUGGGUGGGAAUGAUGCUGUGAUCGGCGGCACGUUACCUCAGCGCAUGACCUCCUGUCUGGAGGUGCUGGAUCGCUUCCUUUGCCAGAAGCAGGCUGUUAUGUCCAGCUUUGUGCUGGCUGAGAAGGUGCAGGUUGCAAAGGGAGAAGGCAGUGGGCAGAAGGAUCUGGUGGAGACAGUGGCUCACAUUUUGGGUGUCCGUGACGUGAGCAGUCUGAAUGCUGAUGCCUCAUUGGCUGAUCUGGGCCUGGACUCGCUGAUGGGUGUGGAGGUCAGGCAGACGCUCGAGAGAGACUACGACAUUGUCAUGGCGAUGAGAGACAUCCGGCUGCUCACCAUCAACAAGCUGCGCGAGCUGUCCAGCAAGACAGGUGGCUCAGAGGAAGCCAGGUCAGCCCAGGUGAAGCAGACUGGGGCUCAGGGUCUGCUGGAGUCUGAUGUUAAUAUGAUGCUGGUGAAUCCUGACAGUCCCACUCUAGCACCUCUAAAUCAGGUGCAAAGUGCAGAGAGGCCGCUGUUCCUCAUCCAUCCUAUCGAAGGCUCCAUUGCUGCUUUUAGCAAUCUCACCACCAAACUUAGUGUGCCGUGCUACGGUUUGCAGUGCACCAAAGCUGCUCCGUUGGACAGUAUUCAGAGCCUUGCUGCGUAUUACAUUCAGUGUAUGAGGCAGGUGCAGCCAGAGGGGCCAUACCGCAUCGCUGGCUACUCUUUUGGUGCCUGUGUGGCAUUUGAGAUGUGCUCUCAGCUCCAGAAGGCACAGUGCCCUGUGGAGUACCUCUUCCUUUUCGAUGGCUCCCAUUCAUUUGUAGCAGCAUAUACACAGAGCUACAGGGCUAAACUGACCCCCGGCAACGAUGCAGAGGCAGAGACAGAGGCACUGUGUGCUUUUAUUCAGCAGUUUACCAGCAUUGACUACAACAAGCUCCUGGAGACCUUACUGCCUCUGAAAGAUCUAAAUGCUCGUGUGAACAAGGCCGUGGAUCUGAUUUCCUCUAGCUACAAGAACAUCAAUCGUGACUCUCUCCGCUUCGCCGCCACCUCGUUCUACUACAAGCUAAAAGCUGCAGACUGCUACGUCCCCUCCACCAAGUACCAUGGCAACAUCACACUUCUGAAAGCCAAGUCCAGCAGCGCAUACGAAGACGGACUAGGAGCUGACUACAACCUGCAUGAGGUGUGUGAUGGAAAGGUUUCGGUUCAUGUGAUUGAUGGGGAUCAUCAUACUUUCCUUCAAGGGCAAGGAGCGGACUCUAUCACAGGCAUCAUCCACAGCUCGCUGGCAGAGCCACGUGGUAAACCCAAUCUGGGUUAGACCAAAUUGCUCAUCCUGAACAGUUCUCUUUCCAUUUUUCAUGCUGUGCUAUCAAAAUAAAAGUAGUAAAAUACAAUUUGCCUUAAUCAACUCUUAACCAUCAGAAGUAGAUGCAUAAAGUUUUCAAAUCAUUCAUUAAUUAAUGGUGCAAAUACAUAAUUGUGUUGACAUAAAGACAGUCAUUUUACUUAGAAUUGUGUAGAUUUAUACACAGUUUCGAUUAUCUGUACGAAAGCUGAACAGUGAAGGUCCCAAAUUAUGUAUUUUUAGCUUUAAAGACUUAGAUUUUUAGCUGAGAAAUUAAUAAAUAAUAGUUGAUAAAAGUAAAAUUGUUUACAUUUAUAGCUCAGCUUUUCUGUCAGCCAGCUGGGCAUCUACACAGACAUGAUUGGCUAUGUCUGACGGGGUGACUAAAGCUUCUAGUGUUUACUCGUGGAACCAGACCCCCUGUAAACCUGUUCUCCCUGUAAGAAAUUAAAUGGUUAGUUUAUCCCAUGAUCAAUGCUGCUGUAAGCAUUUUAGCACUAAAGCAUUUAAUCAGAAACCAGUACUUGCUUUCACAGAGGGGAGUAAUUCACAGUUUGGUAGAUAGAGGGGGUAGAAGAGUGUAGUUAGAUACGAGGGAGAGGGGAGUACUUCACAGUUUGGUAGAUAGAGGGGGUAGUAGAGUGUAGUUAGAUACGAGGGAGAGGGGAGUACUUCACAGUUUGGUAGAUAGAGGGGGUAGUAGAGUGUAGUUAGAUACGAGGGAGAGGGGAGUACUUCACAGUUUGGUAGAUAGAGGGGGUAGUAGAGUGUAGUUAGAUACGAGGGAGAGGGGAGUACUUCACAGUUUGGUAGAUAGAGGGGGUAGUAGAGUGUAGUUAGAUACGAGGGAGAGGGGAGUACUUCACAGUUUGGUAGAUAGAGGGGGCAGUAGAGUGUAGUUAGAUACGAGGGAGAGAGCAGUACUUCACGGUUUGGUAGAUAGAGGGGGUAGAAGAGUAGUUAGAUACGAGGGAGAGGGGAGUACUUCACAGUUUGGUAGAUAGAGGGGGUAGUAGAGUGUAGUUAGAUACGAGGGAGAGGGGAGUACUUCACAGUUUGGUAGGGGACAGUAGAGUGAAGUUUCAUUAUGUUAGCCUUUCAAAACCGGUCUUCCGGGUAAAUUUUCCAACCAGCAUAGACCUCUGUAUUCACCAUGUAUCAAAAAAAGACAACCCUAAUCAUUCGGACAUUAAGGACCUCACUUAAACUCUCCUACUGAGCAUUUAUACAAAUAUAAAAUAAUGUGUACCAUUUAGUAGUCACAAUCCUGUUACUAAUGCUCCAGUGUUACCAGUAUUAACAGUUUUUUUUGUUUACUGUAUUCCUAAUCCUGUUCCAAAUUUGUGUUUUGAUGCAUGAAACUGUAAGGAAUUUAGAUUUUCACAGCAGCGUCAAAACCACAAACUGAUAGCACUUAAAUAAGAAAGCACUUAGAGAAUAAUGACAAUUGGUUUACAGCAUAGUCAAAAUUGUACAACACUGUAUUCAUGUUUACUUGACUUUACUUGCCUUCUUGUUGAUUUGGAAUAAAAAAAAAAUGUAAUUUAAUUUUUACCAGAAAUUAUGUUUUGACACCUUUACUACUAAAUAUAUGCUGGCUCAUGUGACAGGCAGUUAGGUGAAACCUUCCUUUCUUUUUGGCUUCCAUUGGAAGACUAUUUCAACAUUCCUUUUUUCCCUUUAGCAUAGAAUUAACAGAAAUUGGUAGAUGAGUAAUAAUAGUGCAAUAUGUAUGUACGUUUGUUGACCAGGUCCACAAAGCAGAGUGUAUCUAAAACCCGCUGAGUGAUUUUCAUCACCUUUAACCUUUUUACCACGUUGUAAGAAUGAAGGGUUUCAGUGAUUAUUGAACUAAAAUGCUUGUCAUGAACUGAGCCCUGAUGGUUUUCCUAUUAGAAUUGAAAAAGCAAGGCAAUCUGUAGUGAUCUGAGACUUUUGUUCAAGUCUAUGACGAACUGGAUGCCUCCUUGAUGAUGUGCUUGGUGCACAGAUGAUCGAUGUUGGAUGUAUUUUUCUGUUACUGUAAUUUUUGUGUUUGUGUAAUUUGUAAGUAUUUAUUGUACCUGCUCCAAUAAAGAACCAUCACUAACAUA